AUGACCAUAUGCAAAAGACCUCCCCAUCCGUUCGAUGCAAAUGCAGCCCCCACUCCUCUCAACCCCUCGAUUGUACUUUCGGAGGAAUCAGAAAUCCAGUCUCCCCGCUUCCCGGUCUUCCUUAGUGGUAAUUUUGCCCUUCUUCGAAACUCUUCUGGAAAACAUAUGAAACUGGUCCCGGCUGAAACGCCCAUUUCCCUCUAUUCACCUGAAAACAUCGUCCCUGCAGCUUUCCUCCCGAACGCUGGUCUCCUGCGCGAUCCCGGCUGCUCAAGUCCGUUUGGCUAG